AAGCAUUUAAGUAGUUUUUCUGACGUGCAGAAAGUCGAACCGUUUGCAGUCGGACAGCACACGUUGUGCCCGAACUGACAUUAUAUUGCGCUACCUUAGACGCUAAGAAACUGGAAAACUGCGACACAUGAAAUCAAAAUUAUGGAUGCUCUACCUGAUCUUACCAUAUUUGAAGUGAUGCAGCUCUCUUUUCUUUCUAGAUCCUUCUUUGUUUAUCCGCUAGAUAUCAUGCGUCAUCACGAAUGUAGCAUCGUCUCAGGUUAUUUUGAACGCGCUUAUGACCCGGUGAGAGCUUAGCUUUAACGCAAAUUUUAGCGUUCCCAAAACUGAGCUCCAUAAAAUAAGGAUGAGCACAGCAUAUUUGAGUGCAAAUCUGUUUCAUCUGCCAAUGUAAUCAGCCAUAGCUGAGUGAUGAGAGGUGCAAAGUACCAAGGUUCGGUUCCUGGUCAGAGCAACCUCAAAUAAGUAAGGCUUUUUCUAAUAGCGGUCGGCCCUCGGCAGGCAUUGGCAAACAUCUGAGUGUGUAUUUCAGCAUUAGAAAAGCUUCUCAUAUAAAACCGUCUGCCGUUCGGAGGUGACGUAAAACUGUAGGUCCCUCCAUUUGUGUAACAAUAUCAAGCCGCACACCACAAUUAAGAAAAAAGAUACUCAACCGAAUACAUAGCAAAAGAGCAAGCGCCAUAAUAUUAUUAUUAUUAAUCAGCAUGAAAAGUGUGGAUCUUCGGCGAUACUUGGAGGUUCUCAAGCCAUUCCUAUAUGAUCCCACUAUCAGGCUGACAGACACUAUGCUACCGAAAUUAUACUUCGACAAGCCUUACAAGGUCAGAAUAUGAAGCGAUAAUAACCAGAAAAGUCUGGCAAUGACCACAAACCCAGCCGUCUUCGUUGAGGGACAAAUGAUGCCAGUAUAAAUAUUACGCCGGAUAGUCAGCAGCUUUAAAGGCCUUAGACCAGUGUGCGUGGAAUUGAUGUCACGUGUGCGAACAAGUCGUGCAGUGGAAUGAAGCUUUCGCUGCCUUCUCAAGCAGAGCGUGUAUGUAUACGCGAAUACGACGCGCAGUCGCCCGCCGGGUAGACGCUGCCCAGCUGUACCGUAGACUCAUUUAGAACUGCAUCAAGGCUUGUUGUAAACUCUUUUAACCACCUAGCAGUCCACAAUAGAAUAAUGCUGUGGUCGGUGUUGGAACAUGAAGGUGCUUAACUUCUUAAAUUGGCUACAGUUGGAAUGAUUACAAUUACGGUUGAACAUAAUAGAUCUUUUUAGGUCGCAGUACGAGUAUACUCGACCUAAUAACAAUAACGACCUACCUUGGUCUUACGGAGUUAAACUUCUGCGCUGAUGAAUUUCGCUUAGCGGUAACUGCAAGUGAUAGAUUACCUACGAGUUUCGCUCCUGGAGUGAGAGAUAUACCAAAAUCUCCGUCCACAUUUUUUGGAAUACCUCGUCUCUGGUGAAUUAACCAGGUCUAAGGCUCACUAAUAAAGCCUAAACAGUACGUUGGCGAUAUGGCAUCGAAAACAAAGAAGUACAUACUCGUACGUUCAUUGAAAAUCAAUUGGAAAACAUGCGUUAAAAAUUAUUUUUGAGCAGUUGCAUACGUAACCCAUUCAUUGAUUAUUCUGGCGUUACAUCUUCCGUUCUAAGGCUUGUAUUCACUUUCCGCUCAAUAGCUCCCGUUCGAAAGGUCUUUAACCUCACAUCAAAGCUCGUCGAAAUGCAAUCGCACCAGCUUUUUACACUCUUUCGCAAGAACAAUAAAAAACACCAGAGUUGAGCAAAAUUUUCGUUUUAUUUUCUACAAAUCCACAUACAUCGUUCAGCGCUAACUGACCAGCACUUUUGGGGUUUCAAUUGAGCUAUGCACAAGUCAGCUUUUAUUAGAUUUGUCGCAGUGCUAGUUGCAGUCUUUCGGAAAUACCCAAACGAGCAACAUGCGUGUACCGAUAGACACGCGUAAAAAGCAAAAUAAAAAACAUUAAUUUAAUAAUAAAAAAAAAACCAAAACACUCGCAAGGACCCGCAUUUCUUUUCGAAAUUUCAAUAAAAUCGCCAUCAUUUUGUUUUUGUGUUUAAAUACUUACUUACAGCGCGUUGAAAUCAAGGAAAUGCUAUCAAAUCUCAAACGACCAUUAGUAAGUGUAUCCUUCGUAUUCCCUCCACUGCUGUGGGUGAUAACAUGUUUGUUGGCGUCAGUGAGCGGUUAUCCUUCGAACACUUUUCGGGAUCUCGAUAUCUGCAAUCAUUGGAAUGGACGUCGACAUUUCCUGGAAUUGGGCGAACGCGGCGAUUUGCAUGCGCGUAAUGUCACCACAUCCGCUUUUCGAAGCACCCUGUUCUCGCCCACAAAUCCUAGCCAAAUGAAGAAUCGCAGCAGCACAGAUAUUUGGUAUCAGUGCAAUUUGGAGCUGGUGACCUGCGCUGAGUGCGUCAUUCGCAUAACAUUCACGCACAUCAACUUCUCUAAGACGUGCGAACGCAUUGCCAAUUCGGGUAUUGGAAAAUCCUCACUUUGUCCUUGCGAACAUAUUCAAUUCUCAGAACCACCGUAUGACACAACGAUUUCGGGCCAGGAGUUCUGUGGCGAUGGCAAAGUGUUUCGCAGUAAAACGCGUACGUUGUUGCUGAAAUUCUUCUAUCGCGCGACCAAUAGUCAUGUCUUUUCGCUGCAGUACUUCUCGGAAAGAAAUGUUAAAAUUGUUAGCGGCUCACCGCGCCAGGCCAUAAUCAGCAACUAUUCCAAAAAUGAGCCGCAUGUUAUCUCAACUCCCUACUUUCCUAUGCCAUAUCCUCGUGAUUACGGCAUUGAACAUAUACUAACAUGUGAAUCGGAAAACUGUCAAGUGCGACUGGAUUUUACCGACUUUCAGUUGGGCCUAACCUCAACAUUGGAAAUAUUCGAUUCGAACGGUCAAAUGUUGGACUCGUACACCGGUGAACAUUUUCGUCCGCCCAUCACAAUUAGCAAUGGUAAAUCACUAUUGUUGCAAUUCCGUGGUAACGGUAAUACGGGUGUCGGAUUUCGUGCCGAGAUAUCUUUCGUUUCAUCCAAGCAAUUGAAGGAAGAUCGUUUAGUGCCAUAUACAGAUUGUGGCGGCAUGGUUUCCGGACCAGGUGGCGCAAUCACUAUGAUGAAUAUGAUCGAAAAUAACACCGAUGUAAGAUUUUACGAUUGCAUAUGGAUAAUUAAGCCUGGCAACAAUUACAUGAUGAUGAAGACACACAUUUCGCUGCGCGUUGAAGAAUUUCAUGGCAUGGCUUCACGUUCGGAUCUAACCAUACGUCAGGGUACAACAUCGGAUGCUGCUGAAAUUGAGAGUGUUGUGUGGCCUAAUAAUGGCAUGAGUAAAGAGAGUCACAUUGUGCCGGUGCUAACAGGCUACUAUAUACGCCUGCGUGGUGUCUUCGGCAUGUCAUCGAAACUGGCCAUUUCCUACAGUGUUUUCAACUAUUUAAAUUGUUAUAUUGGUUCGGAAUUCCUUUGCGGUAAUAAUCAUUGCAUCUCAAUAAGGCUACACUGUGAUGGCUUUGAUCAUUGUGGUGACGGUUCUGAUGAACCAGAAUCAUGCGAAGAGGAUUGGGCGCAUUUACAAAACGAUCGACGCUGGUAUUCACAUAAGCCGAAUUAUUAUUUUCCCAAAAUAGAGCAGUAUCCUGACUUGAAAACAGCUACUGGUAUUUUCAUAAUAAGUACGCUGGGUAUUUUUGCCGUACUAACGGGUUGGAUGGUCAUAUUGUACCGCAUGGGUGUGAGGGCACGCCAUCAACGCGAACUGCAAAGUCAUCUGCAAACUAUUAGUGAGCUACUAGACCGCCAAGAGGAAAUGACGCCCGACGAACCGCCCAGCUAUGAAGCACCACCCGACUAUGAGGAAGUAAUCAAGGUUGGCAUGGAACAGGAGAUACGUGAUGCACGCCAACGUCAACGGCGUCGCCAUCAUCACCAUCCCGAGCACGGUUGUGGGCACGCCGCCUGCAUUCUACCGCACACACAUACCUGCGAUCGUCCGACCACAUCGGCGGCUGCCGCAGCCAUUGCGCUUAACGGCACUGUGGCUAUUACAAAUGGUGUCGGCGGUGCGCAAUUGCCCGAUGCAGAAAUACGCAAUGAACUGGCUAAUCGUGUACUAAUGGCUACCGCAGCUUGUGAAUCACGUUUACAGGCGCUGCAGGCGCGUCAGAAUCGGGCACACCUGCGCAGGGAUGCUGCUGCUGUCAAUCCAUGGGGAUUCAGUCGGGCCCGACAUCGCUUCCCAUUGGGUGUGAAUUAUCCCCAACCGUUGGCGAACAGCCGGAGACCGGGACGAGCUCUACCGGAACGCCCAGUCAACUUGAGGAACGAAGUGCCGAAUUUCGAGAUGACUCACUCAAUAUAUCGCUCACUCUAGGCAUACCACAAACAACAAUGGCUCUU